UCUUGAAUCAUAAGAUCGACAACGUUCGACGAGUGCAGAGAUCAGAGCGAAGUUUAACAAUUUUCACUGUUGUAAAAAACUUGUGUGAAGUUUUUUUGUAGUUUGAUUUACGCGUUGUGCGGCAGCAAAAAUUUACAAAAAAAAUAAAAAAAGAUCCAAAUAAAAACAAUACAAAUUCUUUUGCUCGGUUUUAAUAAGCAAAUGCAAAUAACAAUAAGCAGACAUCAGCUUAAAUUAUAUAAACAAUAAAAGAGCACACAACAAAAGUAUUUAAUGGAUUUCAAGUGUCAGUGACUCGAUAUUUAUAUAUAUAUAUACAUACAUACAUAUAUAUAUAAGUAGAGAGAUAUAUAUUAACUCGAAAACUAUACACGAAAAGAGCAGCUAAAGACUAAAUAUAAACUUACACACACGCGCUCUUCUGUAUAAUCAGUCAAUAACAACUGGUGAUAAUAAAAGAACUUACAACAACAACAACAACAACAACGACGAGCAGCUUAAACAAAGAAGCAGAAGAGUGGAAGAAAAGAAGGCGUUAAUCGUGUUGAUAUCAUUCGAGUAUUUUUGCUUAAUUACACGAUCAACCAAUGGCUGCCUAUCUGGAUCCCACUGGCCAAUAUUGAGCGACGAUCUUUGGAAUCAUUUCUCGGCUGCUUAAGUGACAUCAAUCUUGAAAUAUGGCCGCCUAUCUAGAUCCCACGGGUCAAUAUUGAGCAAGAGCUAAGAAACUCCCCAAAAACAAAAGCUAAAUAAAUUCAUAUAUUUAUUUGCAUUGAGAGAGAAUUUGAAAAUAUAUCACAAAAUGUCGCUGGCUUUGGAUCCCACUGGCACCUACUAGGAUCAGUCAAGAGAGCCUGGUCACAGUCUUCCACUUCAUACCACACAAGUCAAGUAGAAGCCGCAGCAACAACAGCAGCAACAUGUUCGAUCUGGAUCCCACGGGCACCUAUCGUCGGCCGCGUGAGUCGCGUGACACGCGACACAAGCAGCGCCAGACUCUGGACCCCACCGGGCAGUACUAGGGCCCCGCCACGGCCACAUUUCCACACCGCCUUUGCCUUAUCCAAAAA